GUGCGAUAUUGACACCGGUGAGGUCAAGGGGCGUGGCUUAUCAGCUUCGAUCAACAGACUAUAUACCCUAAGUACGGAACACAUUGUACUAAUUAUCACGGUAAGUGGAAGUCAUGUUUUUCAGUGAUGUUUAUUAAUAUACAAUAACCGCACGUCCAUUCCACGGGAUAUAGCACGCUCAUCACUUAGUUUCACAUAAACGGACGUCAUCAUUACUCCCUGAAGAUGAAUGUUCUGCUGUUCUGGAAGUUGGUUCCUUGUGUUAUUUACUAAGAAGUUUAAACAUAGUGUGUAACUGAAAGCAUAGCGAUACAUCCUACUUACUAAAUACCACGUGACUAAUUCGUUGGAUAUAUCUGUAUCAAAGAACGUGUUUUUCUGCUAAGAUUCCAGCCAUGGGAGCAGGCGCGGUGUUGAUACUAUUUCUACUCCAGUCGACAUUGACGUCACAGCAGUCAUCACAAGACCUCCCAAGGGGACCAUGGCGUCUGGCGUUCAAGGCUGUUCACAACAAACCGAGUGGGCUGUACCAGGAUCUCUUCUCUCUGUACGAGGCGGACGAUACCCUGCACGCUGACGACCUAACCGCAGUCAAGGAUUUCAGCAAGACCAGCAAGCCUUAUAAAUCCCUCCUAUUAGAUGAUUGGACAAAGAAGAAGAUCAGCGUCCAGGCGGUCAAGAUAUCUUUUUUCAAAGAUAAUGAAGAGAAACGCUUCAUCGUUUUCGACGGCUCCGGUAAAGACAAGACGAACUGGAUGGAUUGUGAUAACUUACUGUACUCCUCCUACAGCGAUCUGUCUUCUGCCAACCCCGAAACCUGUGAAAUAGGGAGCUACGCCAGUCUCCGAUUCACUGUUAUGCAGCAAUUUCCCCUAGCGAACCCUUGCAAUUCAAUCCAGGGAUGGACCAACAUUCGGGAUGCCUCGGCUAGUUUCUUCUCGUGUGACAGUAGCUGGCCACAUUCGACUGACGACAGACCCUAUUUCCUGUACGCUACGGGGGACACGAUGGGGACAUUCAGCAACGCUUCAGAGGUGGCGAAAGCUGACAGCAUGGCGAUCUUUUUACAAGUGUGGGACAUGGUGUUCAAAGGAGUAGCGAACCAGGAGACGUUUUUGUGGUACAUCUGGAUGUCCGAACAGACGCGCAACGCCAACGUUACGGACGUUCGGUCACUGACCACGUCUAGUCUACAGACAUACAAAUCUACCGUGGUCAAUAUGUGGUCCGACUACAAUAUAGACAGGGUAAAGUACGCCAUGUUUCUUAGUGGGAAUGAAAAAGCUUUUGUAGUGUUUGACGGGACGAAUACAGACCGGAAGUCUUGGUUUACGCAUGACAAAAUACUAUACUCGUCCUAUACCGAUAUACAGGAUCCUAAGGCGGUGUGCUCGAUAGAGGGAGAUGGUAUACGCCGAUGGCAGAUUCACAAGACUUCGGGUCCAACCUGCGCAGAUGACACAGCGUGGAUGAUGGUCCUUGAUGACGAUAACAGAACUCAGACAUGCGCAUGGGACUAUCAGUCUGGCUUUCUGUACAGCCAGGAACCAGUGGCUGUGAAUUUUGAAAAGGAAUCGUCCUUUAACGCUGCCAAAGUGAAGCAAGCUAACGUCAUGGGAGUGUUUGUACACGGAUGGCGUCCGGUGUUAAAGAUCUCAGCCGGAAGUGACCUCGGUUCUGCCAUUUCUGUAUUUGACCUUUGGUCGACUAAUGUCACGGUCAAUGAUGGAUCAGAAGCUGCAAUGUCCACUAUUCCUGGAACUCCAAAUUUCAAAUCCAAUAUCAUAAAUGGAUGGAACAACCAUAACAUCCGAGCGGUUAAAGUGGCAUUUUUGACUGGAGGUGUACAGAAGGGAUACGCUGUAUUUGAUACCACCACGGCUGACCGGACUAGUUGGAUGGACUGUAAGCGGCUCCUGUACUCCAGCUUCACUGACCUACUGACCGGUACACCGUCCAUCUGUAGCAUACAGGGUCAAGCUUCUGAAGGACGCCGAUUUUUCGUCUCCGGACCGGACGUAGACUGUGAAAACACUACCGCUUGGUUUGUUGUCGUAGACAAGGCAAACAUGGGCUCAUGUCCUUGGGAAACAGCUUCUGCAGACCGUCCGAGGUUUCUGUUCUCCGGAUCUCAAACGAAACAACCUGUUGGAGAUCUCGUAGAAGCGGAUACUUUUGUCAUAUACGUCGAUAUGGCUGAGUGCACCACCAAUCCUUGUGAAAAUGGCGGCAGAUGUGAGGAGAUUGCAGGCAGUCACGUUUGUCACUGCAUAGACGGAUACUACGGUGUUUCUUGCACAGACCGGCUAGGUGGUUGGUCCAAUUGGUCUAAUUGGACAGACUGCACGUUAACGUGUGGGGGAGGAGUUUUAAACAGAACGAGGCUUUGUGACAACCCGCCAGCACAGGGUUCGGGUACUUGCUCCGGAAACUCAUCUGCAAUAGAAAUCUGCAAUGCACAAAACUGUCCAAUCGACGGUCAGUGGUCAACUUGGACGGACUGGUCAAACUGUACUGCAGAAUGUGCAGGAGGUUUACGUAACAGGUCACGUGUCUGUGAUAGCCCAUCCCCUCAAUAUGGCGGUGCUAGUUGUCCCGGAAACGACACGGAGAAUGAAUCUUGCAAUAAUCAACAUUGUCCAAUUGACGGAGCUUGGUCCGGCUGGGGGAACUGGAGCACCUGUUCUGUGUCGUGUAUGGGCGGCCUGCAGACACGAAACCGGUCGUGUAACGACCCUGUACCCCAACACGGCGGAGAGAAUUGUCCAGGAGACGAGUACGAUACCAGUAGCUGCAAUGCCAAUACAACGUGUCCUCCAGUUGACGGUGGAUACGGGGAAUGGACAGCCUGGGGACAAUGUUCAGCCAGCUGUGAAGGCGGGAACUACACACGCACACGGGCAUGCGAUAACCCACUUCCAGAAUGGGGCGGAAUUAAUUGUACUGGAACAUUUUACGAAAUUGACACGUGCAAUGAAAACAAUUGUCCAAUUGAUGGAAACUGGGGAAACUGGUCUGAAUAUUCAGACUGCACCGACUUAAGUAAGGCACAACAGAAAUGCGGAGACGGUCAACGGCUGCGGACGCGAGAUUGUGACAACCCCAAUCCAGAAUAUGGUGGCGUAUACUGUCCCGGUAGCGCCAGCGAUUCAUUGCCGUGCUCAGUCAACUGUUCCUUGAUAUGUCCAGACUAUUGGCAGUCGUAUUGCGAGAUGCCAGACUCAUCCACUGUCCGCCCGCUCUAUUCUGAGAUCCUGGUUGGAGUCGUGCUUUUACUGAGUCUCCGUCAAAUAGUAUGACGUCAUUAAUGACGACAGAAGUGUGAAAUAGUGGGGAUAAUAUAGCUCUUUUGCCAACAAUUCAGAUGUCAUGAUAUGAUGAACAAUGUAUCUAGGUGUCAUUGGUCUGUUUUAUUGGCGGAAAAAUAACACGCUUUGAUAUCUACAUGUACCAUCUACGAUUUAGUACAUGUGCAAGAAAUCUGAUUUGACCACAUACUUAUGGCUGUAGGUGUUCAUUGAGGUUCAUCGAUCGACUGAGAGAAACACUUUAAUUUCUAAUGACCAUGGAGCUUAAUGUAGAAAUGCUCGUUCUGACCGUAGCAUACAUUAUCGAAUGUUUUAGUGUAUUUCAUAACGUGAGAGAUUAUUUUUUUUAAAAUUUUAGUCGAUCAGUUUAUUAAUUGCAGUGGCUGAAUUAUGUCUAGUCAAAAUUCCUGUUAGUCUAAGCCGCUAACAUGUUCGAAUAUUAAGACGAGCUUUCUUUUUUAACUGAAUAUCCCAAGAGUGUACAUUAUACUGUAGAUAUAUUAAAUUGCUACCACAUGCCCUCAACCACUAGGUAGCGGGUUCGAGACCUACGUGGGGCAGUCGGGUUUUUUCUUUCUCCGGGAUCUCUUUUUUCAACCAUCAAAACCUGGCACGUCCUUAAAUGACCAAAGUCACUUUGAGUGAUGUGGCCCAAUCACCAGUGAACAUUGCUGUUAUAUAACACUUUGUGUGAUGAGACCCAAUCACCAGUGAACACUGUUGUUAUAUAACACUUUAUCUGAUGUGGCCCAAUCACCAGUAAACAUUGUUGUUAUAUAACACUUUGUGUGAUGUGGCCCUAUCAACAAUGAACAUUGUUGUUAUAUAACACUUUAUCUGAUGUGGCCCAGUCCCCAGUGAACAUUGUUGUUAUAUAACAGUUUGUGUGAUGAGACCCAAUCACCAAGUAACAUGGUUGUUAUAUAACACUUUGUGUGAUGAGACCCAAUCACCAGUGAACACUGUUGUUAUAUAACACUUUAUCUGAUGUGGCCCAAUCACCAGUAAACAUUGUUGUUAUAUAACACUUUGUGUGAUGUGGCCCUAUCACCAGUAAGCAUUGUUGUUAUAUAACACUUUGUGUGAUGUGGCCCUAUCAACAGUGAACAUUGUUGUUAUAUAACACUUUAUCUGAUAUGGCCCAGUCCCCAGUGAACAUUGUUAUUAUAUAACACUUGUGUGAUGAGACCCAAUCACCAAGUAACAUUGUUGUUAUAUAACGCUUUGUGUGAUGUGGCGCUAUCAACAGUGAACAUUGUUGUUAUAUAACACUUUGUGUGAUGUGGCCCUAUCAACAGUGAACAUUGUUGUUAUAUAACACUUUAUCUGAUGUGGCCCAGUCCCCAGUGAACAUUGUUGUUAUAUAACACUUUAAGUGAUGUGGCCCAAUCACCAGUGAACAUUGUCAAAUGUCAUGAUAUGAUGAAACAUGUAUCUAGGUGUCAUUGGUCUGUUUCAUUAGCGGAAAAAUAACACGCUGUGACAUCUUACACCUACGGUUUAGUACAUGUGCAAGAAAUCUGAUUUAACCACACAAUUGUAGUUAUAGGUGUUUAUUGAGGUUCUAUUUCUAAUGACCAUGAUGCUAACUGUAUAAAUGCUCGGUCUGUGGGUUUUUUCUCCGUGAACUCUUUUUCAACCAUCAGAUCCUGGCACGUCCUUAAAUGACCAUAACUGUUAAUAGGACGUAAAACACAAUCAACCCAAACCACUUCGCUAUGAACAGCAGGUGUUGUAUACAAAACAGCACUAUAUAAUACAGUUCCUAUAUGAGUAGACUAAUGGACGAGCUGCAGUAAAACUUUAGUCCACUCUGUUACGGACAGUAGUAUAAAUUAAUCAAAGCAUAAGCCAGUUCCUCUUCUCUAAGGACAGUGUAUGUAUUAAUGUUACAGAAACCGUAAAUAAGCUGACCGCAGUAACAAAUAUAUAACAUGCGGAUUUGUUUCCUUCCGCACCGUAAUAGUAUAUCGAGUUUCACAUCACUUAGAUUAAUGCUGUUCAUUGAUUAUCUUAUGUGUUCAAACAAGUUACUACAGGAGCGUUUUACAUGGAUUUUGUGUUAAACUGAAAUUGGAAAUUGUCUAUCAAAUACGUUAGAUUAUGCAAUGUCUUAUGGCGUUGCUGUGAACGUUAGUGGAACAUCUAUACUUGUUAUUUUUUCUGCACAACAUCACCUUAAGAGCAUUUCACUAUUUUGUCCAUUUUUCCUUACAUUAACUUCACAUUUUCCACUUGCAAACGUUAUUGUUACAUUUACGUGCUGAAUCAACUGAAUCCUCGGUACUCCAUAGGUUACGCUCACUUUCGCUGUUUACGUCAUUGAAGGAAAAUUAAAGGCAAGCUGCUAGCUAUUUAAUCGGGUCAAGUAAAAUAAAACCUGACCAUUCGUAAGCUGAUACCUGUCCUUUGCAGAUUACAGAGAAGCGACAUUCAACUGCAAAGCCAGUCAAUUUUACUGUUACGCGACCGCGAUAUUCUUUUGAUGUACAUCAAAGGAUCAAACUAUUUAUUG